UGGAUAAGAUUUUCCAUUAGUCUAGUCCGUGUUUUUUCCCUCUGGAGCUCCCUGAUAAGAUCCUUCUUCAGCAUCUUUGACAUCGCCUUCCUAUCCAUACCGAUUUUGAUAAAAAUGUCUCUCAGUUUUGGGCGACAAGUUUUCUUUAGAAACACACAAAAAGUUUUAGGAGAUGCCAGUAACUGACAUUUUUGACAGCAUUCAUUUGCUUAGUAUGCUAAGCAAAGCGCCUGAGCACAUUUUAAAUCAUUCUAUCGGGCAACAGCUUUCAAAACAUUGUAGGAAAAAUUUUUACAUUAUUUUUUUAAACAUUACUUUGUGUCUGCAAUGGAGUAUAAAACAAAGAGGCAACUUAUCAGGGAGCUCUUGAAGGAGAGGCAACGGAGUGCACAAAAUGUCAAACAGCUGGCAGACCUGGUGCAGAGCAACAAUGAUUUGGAUAUCAGUCAACUUCAAGAAGAGAGCGAUGCGCUUCUAAGUCAAUUGCAACUGGAGUUAAAAAAAAACGAAGAUUUUCGCCAAAGGGUUGAGGAGCAGGACUUAUCCAUGCAAACAAUAAUAGACUGUCAGAUGAUAGAUUUGAACAAAAAGCUGGAUGAUAUUUCCGAGGAAAACCUCUGCUGCAUAUGUUUCAAUAAUUGGGAGGCGGCCGGCAACCAUAGGCUGGUUUCGCUUAAAUGUGGCCACCUUUUCGGAGAGAAUUGCAUUUUUACGUUUUUAGAGGAUAACUAUUUCUGUCCAAGCUGCAGGCAAACUGCUUAUAUAAUGGAUAUACGUUAUGUUUUAGGAACAACCCUGUAAGCAAGACUGACUUCCCCACACCAACUGGAUUAUCGCGGCGAAGUAAAUUUCAAUAUUAUCAUCAAACAUUUUUAUUAUAAUAUGUUCCUGUUUUUACCGAUUUUUGCCCACUAUAUUAUCAAUAAAAAUAUCAUAUAUAC